AUGCCUCUCAAAGUGUUUUAUUCCAGUGUGAGCUGUUCCGCAGAGAUGAGGGACAGGCCGCAAAAAAUCUUCAAUAUUCUAGACGCCAAGAAGAUCAAAUAUGAAGUUGUAGACAUUUCUCAGAAUACUCAACACAAGGAUUUAAUGAGACAGUUGGCAGGGGAUCCGAAAGCACUGCCCCCUCAAAUAUGCAAUGGGGACACCUACUGUGGGGACUACACUGCAUUUGAUGAAGCAAUCGAGGCUGGAAACUUAGAAAAGUUUCUCAAGAUUUAAAAGAAAUGGAGAGCAGUUAUGAGACAACAAUAAAUCUAUAAAAAAGAUAACAUUAACAUUUCUGUUUCCUUUCCUUUGAUUCAAUUGGCAUUGAUGCUUUAUUUUUUAUAUUUGAUGAAUAAUCUGAACAAUUUGUAUCAUUCAAAUAAAAAAAUGUUUUAAACUUUG